ACAGGAAUGUUCAUAAUGUUCUUGGGAUUGUAUUCCUGUUCGCCAGGUGUUGAGAUGAGAUAUGACCUGUACAGUCCUCGGAUGCAUGAAAUCCAAGUCCUGAAACUGGAGAAGAGACUGGACAGCGACCUGAUGUAUCUGCGUGACGCACUCCCUGAAUACAGCAAGAUUGAUGUCGACAUGAAGCCAGUCAUGUUACUGGGCUCUGAAAUUCCUGUAAACACAAUACAGGUGCAGAUGAAGCCUCGGCCGUGGUCCAAACGCUGGGAACAGGAAAAGUUCAACAUUAAAGGCAUUCGGUUUGAACAAUAUCUGCUGGAGAAACACAUUAAGAGAGCUAAGAAGUCUGCUAAACCUUGGGAAGAGUUUGAUAUGCUGAAGGAAUAUGAUACAACCAAGAUCGAGCAAAACAUAUUGCAAGAAUUAGAGCGGAAAAUGGCAAAAUCUAAAGACAAAUUGGAUGCUAACCAAUAGGACUUUGAUGCUGAGGACAGUUAUAAAAAUAAUAAAAAAUAAAGCUUAUUAUGGUUUUUGUAUGAAUACAUGACAAAUAAAAUUUCUUUUUGCUAACGGGCUUAUGAAAUCA